AUGGCCCUCAUUGUCGACAAGCACAGGCCUCGGUCACUCGAAACUCUUACAUAUCACGAUGAGCUAUCAGACCGACUCCGCUCUCUUGCCCAAAGUGGUGACUUCCCCCAUCUGCUGGUUUAUGGACCUUCAGGUGCUGGAAAGAAGACCCGAAUCGUCGCCACGUUGAAGGAGCUUUACGGACCCGGUGUAGAGAAGAUCAAGAUCGACGCCCGAGUUUUCCAGACGAGCAGCAACCGAAAGCUCGAAUUCAAUAUUGUCGCCUCCGUCUAUCACCUCGAAAUCACACCAUCUGAUGUCGGUAACUAUGACAGAGUUGUUGUUCAAGAUCUCCUAAAAGAGGUGGCACAAACACAACAGGUCGAUCAAUCGGCCAAGCAGAAGUUUAAGGUUGUAGUCAUCAACGAAGCAGACCACCUCACAAGGGAUGCACAAGCAGCCCUGCGACGAACGAUGGAGAAGUACUCGCCGAACUUGCGAUUGAUUCUCCUGGCGAACUCGACCGCCAAUAUUAUUGCCCCGAUUCGCUCAAGAACUUUGUUGGUCAGAGUAGCAGCUCCAACACACCAGGAAAUCUGCGAUGUGCUAGCCGUAUCGGCAAAGAAGGAGGGCUGGCCAGUGGUUCAAGGUCUGCACCAGCGAAUAGCGGAGGAAAGUGGCCGAAACCUGCGACGAGCACUACUUAUGUACGAAGCCGUCCACGCACAGAAUGAGAAGGUCACUGAUAGCACACCCAUCCCUCCAGCAGAUUGGGAGGCUCUCAUCGGUCAGAUCGCAAAGGAGAUCUUGGAAGAGCAUACACCAGCCAGGAUCUUGCAGGUGCGGUCAAAACUGUACGACCUGUUGACACACUGUAUUCCCCCAACUACAAUCCUCAAGACCCUAGCAUUCAAGCUGAUUGCACUUAUUGACGAUGGACUAAAGGGCGAGGUGGUUCAAUGGGCGGCCUUCUACGAGCAUCGUAUCAAGACGGGAACUAAGGUCAUCUUCCACCUGGAGGCUUUCGUGGCCAAGUUCAUGAGGAUUGUGGAGAUGUAUUUGAUGAGCAUGGAUAUGUAA